UGUGCCCGGGGGUAUGCGUGGCAGAACGCAUCAGCGACCACUGCGAGGCAGCGCUGGACGUGGACGGGCUCUGCAAGCCCUUCCUCCGCUGCUGCGUCCCCCACAACCUCUUCCAGGACAAGGACGUCGUCCCUAAGGAGUUCGUGGUCAUCAUGGGGCCUAAGAACGGCCGCAGGGAGGAGCAGCACAAUCGGCCUGACUCUUCGGCCUCAGCCACAAAUGAAGUAAACCGCCAAGCAAGUCCCGAGAGCGACAAUUCGGUCGACGAAGGCCCACCCGCCGAUCUUAACAUUCCAGAGCACCGCCGCUGCAAGGGGACCUGCGUGGCCGCCUUCUUCUCCUUCCUCUGUGACGAGGUCAACAGGGACGCCUUCUGCCCCCGCAACGGCCGGUGCUGCCUGACACAAAGACGCAAGACCACGCCUGCUCAACCCGAACGUAGUGAUGUCGGUACAACUCCCAGUACUACCACCGAAAAGAAAGAAACCAUCACCCAGACCUCUAGUUAUACUACUUCGCGAGCUCCAACGACGACGUCAACCACUACAACGACCACCACCACAACUACUACAUCUACCACAACCACACCACGUACCACAACGACGACAACAACACCUGCACCAAUCCGGGAGCCCUCUACUGCACCACCAAGUCUAUAUGUGCCUGAAUGUCCAGGCACUUGUAUUCCGGUCGAUCGGAUUCGCCUAUGUCGUGAACCGUCAACCGUUUUGACGAGAUCAACUUGCAUUGAGAACACCAUUUGCUGUGACGACAGAGAAGCUCAGAAGCAGUGGAAGCAGCAGGCGGCUGCUGCGGAGGCGGUAGAGACAGAAGCUCCAGAAAAAACUGAAGUCUCGCGGCCUCGCCCUCCAAGUCGGCCAAGCUACAAUCCCGUGAGCAGUUUGGUUCCUCAGGCAAUCCAGUCGCUUGCUUCCUUCUUCAUGUCCUCCGAAGACCGACCUCCGAGUUCAAGGCCUAGACCUCCGAACCGCCGUCGUCCUCCACCUUCCAACCAGCGACGGCCACCUCAGGAAGGCCAGAGGCCAAUCAAUGUCGUUCCAACCACACCAACUACAACCACAACAACCACAACCACGACCACCCCGGCGCCUACAACUACCACUCCAAAACCCGACUGCCCGGGGACUUGCAUCCUACCAAUUCUAUCAUUUACUUGUUUUGGUAACGCUGAGUUGACAGAAAUUUUCGCUUGCGAUCGUUCGCAACAGAAAUGCUGUGCUCCUAAAUCAGCCAUUCGGGACCAGGAGAGACAAGCAUACCUCUUCAACCCCCACAAAAACAGCUCCAGCCUUGAGAUCGGGGAGGAAUUGGUCGAGAGGCUUGAGGAUUCCUCUGAUGAUCAAUACGAUAACAGACAAGACAGUCCAUUCGCUCACAGAGCUCCACAAUACGAUGAACAUCGACCUGGGCUUCCACACCCUCAGUAUUAUCAUGAAGGCACAGAAUUUGAUAAUCCUGGUGAAGCUCCUUACCCUAAUUACCUGCACGGAGGUCAUCAUCAGUCACACUUCGGACAAGAUCCAAACUCCAACCUUUACACUCCUGAGAUACAUGCAGGGGCACAGGACAGCUUUGAUCAGGACCACCACUACCCACAGUACCAGCCCAGUGACACUCAUGACCAAGCUCCUCAACAACCGCAGGAACAUUACCAUCGCUACCCUCAACAUGUUCCAGCUCACCCACAACUUUCGCAAGGUAUACCACCCCACCAACUGCAUCAGCGUCAUCGUGUGGAGCAUUACCCAGCAGAUCCCAGCUUCGUCCAGCCUCCUCAUCAGCCUGGUCAAAUUAUGGCGCCUCCUCCUCAACUUAGAGAUCCUCAAGCACAUCUUCAGGACCACGACCACCAGAUGCACCACCACGAAUCUCACGCGCUUCAUUUAAAUCCGCAUGAACAUUAUCAACCUUUGAGACCACCACAGCCUCAACUACCACCACAACAAUCACAGUCUGGUGAAUCGCGUCCAGCGUCCAUUCCGGUGCCGCAUGUUCCUCACCACAGUGAAGAGCAUCGGCCACCUCAUCCAAGAGAUCCUCAGCAGCCGCUCCUGCCUCUACCAGCAGCCAAGGUUCCUUUCACGCCUCCUCUGCCACCGAUGGUCCAAGAACCGCAGGUGAACCCUGUUAGGAAGCCGUCACCUCCAGGAAGAGUACCGCAACCCAGACCACCAGCACCUGAACCACCACGACCUCAGUUCAUUCCCUCCACUCCUCCUCCACCUCCACUUCCUAGGACCACCAGCACCGCCAGUUCUCUGCUUGGCCUGCUGGAGGAGCCUGCAGCCCCCAGCAGCAGGUACGAGUGCGGCAUCAAAGGCACCGACACCCGCCGCGCGGCCCGCGUAGUGGGGGGCGAGGACGCCCUGCCAGGGGAGUGGUGCUGGCAAGUGGCACUCAUCAACUCCCAGAACCAAUACCUGUGUGGGGGAGCACUCAUAGGCACCCAGUGGGUGCUCACCGCCGCUCACUGCGUCACCAACAUCGUCAGAAGUGGGGACUCCAUUUACGUGCGCGUGGGCGACCACGACCUCACGACCCGGUUUGGGUCGCCGGGGGCGCAGACGCUGCGGGUUGCCACCACCUACAUCCACCACAACCACAACUCACAGACACUCGAUAACGACAUCGCCUUGCUGAAGCUGUCAGGGCACGCCGAGCUCAAGAAGGGAGUGUGUCUUGUGUGUCUGCCUGCUAGGGGCGUCAGUCAACAGGCGGGGAAACGCUGCACCGUCACUGGUUACGGAUACAUGGGUGAAACUGGCCCCAUCCCGCUGAGGAUCAGAGAAGCCGAGGUGCCGAUCGUGUCAGAGAACGAAUGCGUGCGCAAGAUCAACGCCGUCACUGAGAAGAUCUUCAUCCUUCCUGCGUCCUCCUUCUGCGCCGGUGGCGAGAGCGGCCAUGAUGCUUGCCAGGGUGACGGGGGCGGGCCGUUGGUGUGCGAGGUGGACGGCUUCUACGAGGUGAGCGGCCUCGUGUCCUGGGGCUUCGGCUGUGGUCGUCACGAGGUGCCUGGCGUCUACGUGAAGGUCUCUUCAUUCAUUGGAUGGAUCAACCAGAUUAUCAGCGUCAAUAAUCAUGCAAACUGAUCAAUUAUGUACCAGGUUAUCACGACUAUACCAAAAAACAAUAGCAAUGGCGUUGACAUCAUCUGUAGUCUGUGCAGAUCGUAAACGAAUUAUAGGAAGCUAAGACUUACCGAGCAAAAUGUGUAAAUGCGCAUAAAAUUCUAUUGAUCCUGUGCACAGGCGAUGAUAUUUGUAGGCAGGGAAAUUAGGGCAAUGAAUGUGUUAACCGAAAGGCGUGAGGGAAAUAUCUAAAACGAUGCAACAUUGAGUCUUUUUCUGAGAACAAUUUAACCUUCUAGGUCACCUCGCCUCCACGUCACGCGCUGGCACAUGAUUUCCUCCAAACAUUAGAUGGGCAAUUAUAUUUAAUCUACAGAUUAGUGCUGUGCGCCUCCGAGAUUUGCUAUUUUGUACUGGAUUUAUUUCAUAUUUUUCUCAGGCACCCAUUUUUAGGUAUCAACUAUGAGCCCAACUUGCAGCCAAGGCUGCAUUAAUACAAGUUUUCUCGCUAAGAAAUUCAAAUCUAAGUUUUGUCUCGCUAGAACUUUCCUUGUCUGUAUAGGCAUGAUGGUUCGUCUUGGAAACCAUCUACCAUUUAUAGUAAUCAUCACUAUUGUAACGGCCAGAACCAUGUUGCAAUUAUUAUCAGUGUUCUAGCCCGAUCAUUAUUACUAUUAUUAUUAUUAUACCCCGACCUUGUCGCAAUUAUUGUUAUCUUAAUAGCUCGGUUACGUUGCACUCAUGAUUAUUGUAUUGAAAAUGAAACCUCCAUUAUUAGCGUACACUUCAGAACGUGCAAUUCUUAUCUCAAUCAGCCAGUCGGCUAGAAGCUCAUGUUGGUGUAUAGUAAAUAAUGUAAAAUAAUUUAUUAUUUAUUCUUAUAAAUAGGCAAGUAGCACAGUAAGUAUAUUCUUAGUAAUUAGGUUUCAUGCAAUAAGUGUUAAUAUUAUGACAAUAUUCAUGUCUGGAAGAAACAUACUCUCCCGAACAUACUCUCCUUAACUUUACUAUCGACGCUUGGGUCCCAUUUAAAAAAUGCAAAUUCUUGUUAUUGUCAACUGAAAACUUCGAUGCACAUUUUUAUUUUGACCAAACUGCUCCGAAUAUUUAUUAUGUA